AAUUUUUUAUCAAAGCUCAAUGCGGUGUUUCUCCAACUUUCAUCAUGUUAAAUUUGAACUUUAGCUGACAAUUUACCCCUAAAAAAUUCGAAUAUAUCAUUAAAUUUAAUUUAAAUUACACCUUAAGUAUUAAAUAACCAUGUUCCUAAGACAUAUAAACAAACAGUGGUGUGAUAACUUCAACAUAUUUCGUAAACUCAAACGAAAUGCAUUACGAGGAACCUAUAUUUAUCGUACGAAAUUUUGCCGCAGGAAUGUAUUAAAUUUACACGAACGUGGAAUGUUCGAAUCUAUAUUCCCCGAAAACUCAACCAACGAAAUAGUCCAGCUUCUGAAUCGGAAACCUCAACAUGUCUACGCCGGAUUUGAUCCAACCGCUAGUAGCUUACAUGUCGGUAAUUUACUCAUAUUAAUGAAUUUAUUGCAUUGGCAAAGAGCUGGUCAUAAUGUAAUUGCUCUGAUUGGCUGUGCAACUGCUCAAAUCGGCGAUCCUAGUGGCCAUAACAAAGAUAGAGAAGAACAAGACGGUGGUGUUGUUCGUGAACGAGCCAGACAUAUUCAAAAAAAUAUCGAAAAUAUUUUCAAUAAUCACGAGAAGUAUUUCUGGAGCAAGAAUCCUGAUCCUAGUCCUUUACCACCGAUCAAAGUUGUCGAUAACGAAGAAUGGUACAAAGAUGUGAAAGUGAUUGAUUUUCUCAGCAAAGUUGGAAGGAAUUUCAGAAUGGGUACCAUGUUACUCAAGGAUAGUGUAAAUAAACGAAUAAAAUCCGAAGGUGGUAUGAAUUUCGCUGAAUUCACGUAUCAAAUCUUUCAAGCCAACGAUUGGCUUCACCUGUUUAAAACCUACGACUGUAAAUUUCAAAUCGGUGGUAAAGAUCAAAUGGGUAAUAUCGUCGCUGGUCAUAAUUUAAUCAGUCGAGUCGUAGAUCAACCAGUAUAUGGUUUAACGUUACCUUUAGUUACGAACGACGCUGGAGAUAAAUUCGGCAAAUCGUUACCAAACGCAGUAUGGUUGGAUAAAAAUCUUACUUCGGCAUUUGAUUUCUAUCAAUUUUUCGUCAGAACUGAAGAUAGCAAAGUAGAACACUUGUUGAAAUUAUUCACUUUCCUGCCGUUAGAUCAAAUAGCUCACAUAAUGGAAAAACAAUUAAAAAAUCCAGAGCAAAGAAUAGCUCAGACUAAAUUAGCCGAAGAAAUCACCGUUCUAGUUCACGGAGAAGGUGGAUUGAAAGCAGCUCAAACCGCAUCGUCUAUUUUAUACGCUAAAGAUCUCGAAACAAUUGGUAGUAUUCCUGCCGAACAUUUGAUAAAUCUAGAAGGAGUUACGAUAGUCGAGUUGCCUUGGAAAGCCGGAUACUCGGUAUUAGAAUUUGCAAUGGAUAUUCCGUGUUUUCUAUCAAAGAGUGACGCUAGACGAAUAAUGGAUGCCGGUGGAUUUUAUAUUAAUAUGCAGAAAGUGAAAAAUAUCGACGAAGUGCUGUCUCAAUCCGUUCAUGUGUUGCCAAAUAAUAUAACACUAGCUAGAGUAGGAAAGAAAAAUUACUGGAUUGUAAAAUGGACCUCGUAAUUUCCACGCAUUUUGUUCUUGGACCGAACGAAGUACAUUUUGAAAACUGCCGGAAAUACGCGGUUGCUUGGAUAAAUCUUGGGCAGAUUCAACAACGCGAUGAAAAAAAAAAUGAUGGAAGCUAUUUUGUAAAUGUACUAAAUUGCGAAUGGCUCUAAUAUAUAAUAUGAAAAUCCUUUUCGUAGAA